AUGGACUCGUCACCAACAGCCCUCGCCAAACUCCUCCUCCCAAAAACCCCUCUACUGCUCAAAACAGCCCUCUGGCACUCCCUCUCGCUCAGCCCCCAAUCCUCAAAAUGGGACCUGAAAACCAGUCUCACAGUGACCAUGAUACGCGAGAUGACGGGCCCCAACGCAUCCCCGCAGCCCAUUGGCAAAACGCAGCGAUUUACUCUGCGCGACCCCGGAGUCAAGGGUAAAAUGUGGGUGAGCAAAGUGGCCAUGGCGACGCCCAGCGAAGACGACGCGCGACAGCUGCUUUUCAAAGCGGUAAGAGAGAUGGGUACGGGGGAAGAAAAGUGGGAGGAGCCCGAGCAAAAGGGGGUGGAGGCCGAAUGGAACGGGUAUCGGUCGCAAGCCAAAGAUGGGGAGGGAGAGCCAGUGGGCAUGGGGGAGAAGGAAAAGUACGAAGCGCUGAUGCAAGAGACGACGAGUCAAACGACGGUGCUUUAUUUUCACGGGGGAGCAAUGUAUUUGCUUGACCCGUCGGGAUAUCGCGGGCUGGGAGCGCGGAUAGCGAGGCAGACGGGUGGCCGGGUGUUCAACGUGCGGUAUCGAUUAUCGCCGCAGCAUGCGUUUCCCGCGGCGCUGCUCGAUGCCUUUACCGCGUAUCUGUCUCUGUUGUCGCCGCCGCCGGGCGCGUUCCACGAGGCCGUUCCGGCGGGCAAGAUUGUGUUUGGCGGCGAUUCGGCCGGAGGACUGUGCUGUACCGCCUUGUUGCAGCUUCUGUUGCAAAUCCACAGGUCGGCGCCCGACGGCCACACGCCUACCGUGCGCUUCCAUGGCAAACUCGUCGACAUACCGCUGCCGGCUGGCCUCGCCUUGACCUCCCCUUGGCUCGACAUCACUCGCUCGCUUCCGUCGAUAGAAAACGAGACCACGUUCGAUUACCUGCCCCCACCCAGCCAGACCGAUAAGAAAGACUUCCCCGCUGAUGAAGUCUGGCCUGCCAAUCCCCCCCGUGCCGAUCUCUACUGCGAAGCUAGUGCCUUGCUGCAUCCCCUCGUCUCUCCGCUCGCAGCCCAAGACUGGUCCGGCAGCCCGCCUCUGUUCUUCUCCAUCGGCCAGGAGAUGCUGAGGGAUGAAGGCGCGGUCCUGGCCCAGCGCGCCGUCAGCCAAGGCGUCAGUGUCACGUGGCGCGAGUUCGAGGCUAUGCCCCAUGUUUUUGCCGUCUUGCUCGACGGCUUGCCCGAGAGCGAAGUGCAUUACAAGGAGCAUACUGAAUUUAUUAAGACUGUCGUCGAGCCGGCCAAGCCGAGGUUGCAGAGCAGUGCGGUCAUGAUCCGUGCCAAGACGUUGAAGAGGGAGGAUAAGGAUGUCGCGGCGGGACUGACGCAGAUUACGGAUGAGGAGGCAAAGGACAUGAUGGUCAAGGGGAAGGAGAGGAUUGAGAGGAAGUUUGCUAGGGGGAGGGAUCCUGCAGCUGAGAGACCUAUGUUGUGA